GUUAUAGACUGUUUGCUCUGUUGGCUAUUAAAAUACUCUGUUGUGCCGUUUCCGUUCGUUACCAUGGUAUACAGUCUACCCAAACACUUAGUAUUAACAGGAACGGAGGUGAUUGACUGUUAGACUGUACGUAAAUAGAGUUAUUGAUGUGUUCGGGGUAUAGAGGUGUGUUGACAUGAGUGUGAGUCGUAACUGUGAGUGAAUGAGGAAGUUGAAAGAGGUUGUGUGUGAAGGUGAUCGUCUCGGGGUGAGGGAGGAGGGGUGAGUGUCGCCUCUACCUCACUCUUCCCUCGUGUGUGUCGUCCCCUUGUAUGUGUUGUUGUUAUUUACAUGAUGUUGAUUUAUAUUUCAGUUAUUUCAGUUUAUACAGAAGUGAAUUAGAAGGUGCCACAGAAACCCAAAUAUUGACUGUCAGAUUUUCUCGUCGGGGGAAAAUAAUGUAGUGGUUGAGUGGACAAUGUUGUGGCCAUGAAGAACGCUCUGUGUUGUGUUAGUGGUGAUGAUGGAUGCUGAGAGUGUUGGUGGUGCGGUAGAGUACACUUGGCUGCCGGUGCUCCAGCCACCAGCCCUCAUAGUGACGUCAGCCGCUGCUCAUGGCUGGUGACCCCCGUGACGUCACCUGGCCAUGGGCAGCACCGUGUAAGGAGGGUUCCUCAUGUUUUAGUUAGCGGUGCCACCCACCACAAACAUGUCUCUGCUGGAGGCGGUCAAGUCGUGGACGCUGGGGCCGUGGGCCAAGCGUCGGGACAAGAAGCGUGUGAGUGUGGCGCUGUGGGGCGGUCGACCAGCAGAGUCUGACAUGUGUUCUCACCUGCUGGGCACACCGGGUAUAUACCGCCGACGACUCUCCUCCCCGGGCGACGCCGACUUGUCCGACUUGUACUCGACCACCAGUACCCACUAUGGUCGCAAUAACCACCCCACGGCCACCUUCCUCUACGACUGCCCGCCCCUCAGUACUCACCCACCGUAUGUACAAGACGGUGAGGAACCCUCCUACCUCCCCCUCCCCACCCUGAAGGUCUCCCCACCUGAGGAACAAGUACAAGACCCUGCAACAGACGAGGACUUCUACCAUAACUUAGAUAAAGACGAUGAAUAUUUUGACGCGUCGUGUGAGGGUCAACUGCAUCAGUCUGGUGGUAAUGGUGACAGUCAGUGCCCAGGUGAUGGUAGUGUUAGUGACAAGGAAUCAGUGGCACCAGAGCUCAAGAAUGGAAGACUCUCCUUAACAUGGGUGCCAACCAGGGACCUAAGUGCCAAACUUGUUAUACCUGACAGUGAUGGUGAUAGUUGUCAUCCACCCAAGGAGCCAGUUGACGAGGACCUGGAGGCACUACAGUCCCCCACAGUGCCUGACUACAACAUACUUAUGUCCUGGGCGUCACAGCUACAAUCAUCCCAGACUCCCAUAGUGCCGUGGCCUGACUCUCUCACCCCCCUGCUGGUGCCAGACCUUGAGGCACUGGAACCCCCAAGAACAAGCACACAGGCUGUACCACUGGCACCGUACAGACGGAGUGGGGAAAUGAGCAUAGGUGACGCACUGUGGGCGGAGGUGACGGCCGAGCUGAAGGAUGUCUGGGACGAAAUCGGCCUCAUCGAUGACUCUCCCACACAGAGCUUAGUGCCGAGUGCUUCCCCAGAGCCUGGGAAGGAGAAGAGUGAGGGUGUGAAUGGUAAUGUUGGUAGUGGUGAUGGGUCCCCUGAACACCACCCAGCCUUCAGCCCCUUAGCCUCUGGUGCACCCACUACCACUACCACAGUUCCCCCCCUCACUAGCCAGCCCCUCUCCCCACCUGAGUCACAGCCGCCGGACUAUCACGGUCAUCACCACAUCAUCUCGUCGGAGCGGCCGGAGCGGCCAACAUCACUCAUGGCACCGGGUGGUAAGUGGCAGAUACGGGGCCAACAUGGUCCUGCCUCCCCUGACUCGACUGACGCCGUCUUUGUGACCGCUACUAACACCACCUGUGCUGCCACCACCACCACCACUACCACCAUGUGUGGGGGCCGCCAUGCCCGCUGGCUCCUGUGUGUGCCCUCCAGCUCUGUGCCAGGGGACCAGUACCAGCCCUCCAAUGCUCCCCUCCCUCAACAAUCCCGACCCAUCACCUCCCCCAGUUCACAGCAGCCCCCCUCGCACAGUUCUGUGGUUGCUCCUCCCUCGGUCACUACUACUACUCGUACCCUUCAGUCGCCUUCCUCGCACUGCAACCUCGCAGGUUGUUUCUUGCGACCGGCCCUUCAUCCCGCCACCUCCACCCCAGUACAACAGCCAUCGCCCUAUGCUCCCCCCAGCCCUCAUCCUCCUCCUGGACUUCCUUCGCCCCAGUCAUACUCUUCGACCCAGUCCCAACCUCAGACUUGCGGGGGGCUGACCGUGACCUACGCUCCCACCCCGUUUGUGCAGGCUAGUCAGCUGACCACUUCAUCGGGUCAUGUCGCUCCCACACACUCUGGUGGUGCCAGUGUCUUCCCCUCAGCUUACCUCCCCACCAACACCACCACCACGUACUCUUUCCCCUCUGUGUAUGCGGCGAGCAGCGCAGGCGGCAGUGCAGCGGCCGUGCGGCCCACCUCGCGGACCUCCCUGUCUGUUUCUGAUGGCGGCAUGGGUGGCGUUCAAGUGCUGCCAACUGAAAUACCCGGUGGCCUACACCCGGUACACCAGCGAGACACCCACACGUACUACGGUGGGGGACAAGGUUCUGCCGACGAAUAUAACCCUAAUGACCCUCACUAUAUGGGUCACCACCACGUUGCUCAUCUUCCGGAACCUCCAAUACCUGUAUCAGAGAUUGGACCCAUCCCUCCGCCUCCGAUGUUUUCCUCUCCGUCUCCAGUGGUUCAUCCCAGGAGUCAUCCGCCCCCACCAUACCACCCUCCUGCGUCAGUGGCAGGAGCAGGGGUGCAAAAUGCUGUGGGUCACAAUCUUUCCAACUCUGAAUACGGUGUAAUAAAGGAUGAAGAUGUGAAUGGCAGUACAGCUAAUGGCAUCCUCGGCUGGUUUGAAGCUAGAAUGGCGGAAUUUGCUAAUGCUGAUGAUGACGUAGAAGAUGAUGAUGAAGGCACGGACGUGGAUGGUGUGGUAUAUUUCAACAGCAGUCUUGGUCACUACGACACUUCACAAGUGGAAGAGGUGCCUGCACGGGAGCCCAGGCUCGACGCCAAACCUCUCAAAUCUGCCCUUAAGAAGAAAAAUCCCUCAGGAACAGCAAAUGGGUCGGCUGGAACGCCACCUGCGGGCACCCCUACGGACGGCAGUAAGCCUCUAUCAGUACGGCAAGACUCCAACAGGCGCCUACCGCUUCGACCCAGUGUUAGGAUUAGGUUCAGCACCAAGCCCAUCCGAUUCUCCUACAGUAGAGGAGACGGGGACAAGUCAUCGGGAGAAAAUAAAGAAAAUAGCGUUCCUUUCAGUUAUCUUCCUCCAAACACCGUUCUUCCCAACUCUUUGCAAGAGUCGCGGGUGGACGAUGACGACGAGGACGGCCCCAUUCUCUACCGUGAUGAUGAUGAGGACGAUGAUCGUUUAGCGACGAAAGUAGCAAGAAGAGAUAGCCUUGCACAAAAAUUAAAAUGUAGACCAAACAAACAAGACCUCAUCGACCGCAACAUCAUCCCUGUACAGUCUGAGAAUGACAGAAAGGAGUUUAGGGAAGCAAUUGGAGCCAAACUCACAAGACGUUUGAGUUUACGACCCACAGCUGAAGAACUGGAGGAGAGAAAUAUCCUUAAGAGAACUACCCCAGAGGAGGCACGAAAACAGAAGGAGGAAAAGAGAAAAACCCUGCUGCGGAAGUUGUCAUUCAGACCAACGCUUGAAGAACUGAGGGAACGGAAAAUCAUACGCUUCAACGACUACAUUGAGGUAACUCAGGCACACGAGUAUGAUCGUCGGGCAGACAAGCCAUGGACACGUCUAACACCCAGGGAUAAGGCAGCCAUAAGGAAGGAACUUAACGACUUCAAGAGCAUGGAGAUGGAGGUUCAUGAAGAAUCCAAGCAUCUUACUCGGUUCCACCGGCCUUGAUUGGGGGUACGGCGUAGCAGGACAAGUCCAUCGCUCCAUGUGAAGAAGUAACCCAAGCAACUGAGGACUACUGUGUCUUGGCCAUACAAUAUUCUUACCGCUGUCUCUAUCUCUCCUUGUAUCUCUGCUCCCUCCAGGUGAUAAUGGACAUUAUCUUCACCUUCUCCUACAAGAGUACUGUAUAUUAGUCAGAAACACUAAAAGGUCUUUAAUCACACUGAAGACUCAACAUUUGCAUUGUUGUUAUAUUUGUAAAUGCUGUGUAGCCCCUCUCUUAUUAUUACUAUUCUGUCUCUUCCACGUUCAGUCCUGUAUGGCAAGAAAUGAUGACUGCCUAAUGUGUUAUAGUCACUACAUUUGCAGGCCAUCAGCAACUUUAGUAGCAAGAGGUUUACAUGUUGCUGGGUUUCUGAAGCUCCUUCCAGUUCAUCUUGUACCAGUUAGAGCAUAUAUAUCACAUACUAUAGUUUACCAUGUUUUAUCAGUCACUGUGUAUAUGUAUGCCAUACAUAUUGAUUAUAGUGUGGUUCGUUCAGUGGUUUCUUGGUUGUUUGGACAAUAACAGUUUAGUCAUAUAUGCUAAUGAUUAGGAGAAAUUUUUUACCACCCAUGUUUUUUAUAAAGAAAUUGUUUUAGUAUGUGUUUAACACAAUGCAGAACUGUGAUGAAUGGGGUAUGCUGUUAAAUGUUCUCAGAAAAUCCAAUAACUGAGAUUCCACUGUGUACAUGCUUAACAUGUGCACAUUCUUAGUAGUGUACAUGCUUAAAGUGUACACACUCAUAGUAGUGUACAUACUUAAUGUGUGCACACUUGUAGUAGUGUACAUGCUUAAUGUGUGUGCACACUUGUAAUGUGCAUGUCUAUUAUGUGCACAUUUGUAGUAGUGUACAUGCUUAACAUGUGCUCACUCAUAGUAGUGUACAUGCUUAACGUGUGCACACUCGUAGUAGUGUACAUUGACGUGCGUUGUUGAAGCCCACGUGUUGCUGUGAUACUGAUGCUCUGAGUGAUAUUAUGUGUUAGUCCUUGGGCCAGCAUGUGUCAUUCAUUGGUGUUGGACUGACCACACCAGCAUCUGUGCCAAGGAGGCACCAUGGACCUGCAUGGCCUCACUCACCUACACAGACUCAACUUUUAAGCCAUUCUCACUUCAGUGAAUGUCCAACUUGGGUGGAAACCUCUUUCUUAAAAUUAUAUUAAGUGAAGUAUUAGAGAAUGAUAGAUUUCUAUUGCUAGGAUAAAGAAAAAAUGUGAAAAUAUCUCACCUAUUCUACUUGCUAUUUUUGUAAAAUUCUUCUGUUCCUUUCCUAUCCAUAAUUUGUAUGAAAAGUUGAUUGUUGGCCUCAUGACUGGGAUAAACAGUUAUUUGACAAAAUGACCAUCACGUGUAUAUUGACCUCUUGGUCACAUGUGUAACAGAAUGAGUUUGUUAGCUUCCUUGGUCCAGUUUAGGUGGCAACUUGUUGUGAUAACCAACGACUGUAGAAAUCCAUAGUUUCUUAGUGGAUACAAUUUGUUUAGAUUUUGUGUCCAUGAUUUUCAAUUCUGAGAGGGAGAUCAUUAAGCAUCUUUCAUAAUGGUGUUGUUAUUAGUUUGGACAAUCACCUUGUUACCAGUUGUUGUAAGUAUUUUUUAUCCUUUUUAGAAUAUACUUCAUCAGUGUUUUAUACAUUUUUUCAGGAAGACUUAGAAAGCUAUGACAGUGUAGCUUGGGUCCAAAAGGAUGAAUUUGAACAGUGCUUGGAAUGAACUUUCUUAUCCUUGAGGAAGGGCAGAUAUAUGCAAGACAACUUGAAAUUUUUAUACUUUGAAUAAUAUUAUUUGUAUUUUGCUCACUCCUCACCAUUAUUUCAAAUUAUCAUUGCUCCUAGAACUUUCAGUGAUAAAAUUCAUUUGUGUGCUGAUAGAAUUGGAAAAUGUGACAAAUCUCUCAAUGUUAGAGUCCAUCUGUGGAGUGUUGUGUACAAAUGAAUUGCCUUUUUAAUGGGUGCUUGCUAGAUGGGCAAAUCUCUAGCUUAGAACCUCAUAAAAACUUGUCCUAUUUCUGCAAAAAACACCCCUCAAAUGAACACUAAAGCUUUGGGUAUGACUCAAAACGUUCUUCUUCAUUUUAGGGAAUUUGUGUUUGGUGUUUCACAGAUUUCAGCAGCUCCAUUUUUAGUCACAAUCAUGGAAAGAGAAAAUAUUAUUCUGUUUCGUUCUUAUGCUGUACAUUUCUGCAUCGUGACUUUAACAGGUAUUGGAGAUAAAACACACCUGAUUCUCUGUGAUUUCGUUGACUGUACACAUGAAACUUAAAGUUUUGAAAUGUGGAAGCGAACAUUACUCUUGUCUGAUCGUCCAGUUCUCCAAGUGGUACUUUCCCUCCUCUGUGUGUUGUUGCUUGAGAUGUGUGAAAGGAGCAUUUUAACAGGCUGGUAAACUUUCAUGGCCUUUUAAGUAUUGUAUAGAUCACUUCUUCCAUCUUCAGUAUUGCAAAUACAAUAUAUGCAGUAGUAUGUAUGUUGAGAUCUACACACUCGGCUGGAAUGUCAGCAAACAACCACAAGCAUCUUGUAGACUUCUGCUCUGUCUCUGUGAGAUAGAUAUGUUGCAGUAAAUAUGCUCUGAGGAUUCUGAAUGCACGCUCAUUUGAAGAGCAGCAGUAUGCCAAAGCUGAAGAAAAGAAGAUUUAGGAUGAGCAAGCUAUAGAUAUGCAAAAUAUUUUAGUAUGCAUUUGUAUAUCAUCGCUGGUUGUAAAUAUUGUUACUGAUUUGUAUCAUGAUCUCAGAGAUGUAAUGUUCAAGGCUCCAUUGAUAAGUUCAACAUGGCAACAGGUUACAGUACAGACCUGUUCAGUGUAAACUUUUGUAAAUAAGAUGUACUCAUUACCCACAGUUGUGUACAUACCUGAUACAGCUUCUCCCGUCUGCCUGCUGCACCUGGGGUGGCAUUAAAGCACAGUUCUUGGAGUAGGGAAUACAAGAAAAUGUUCUCAAAUGGUAAAGAAACGAAUAAAUGAACAUAUCACAUGAAUGAUAAAUAUAGAUUGUAGUUUUAUUGAAUAAUUUUGAAGGUUAGUUAUCCAAUAUGAUUUUUUUCUCAAUGAAGUUUGAUUGUGGCAUAGGCAUGUUAGAGGCCCACUGUAGUCACUCCUGUACUGUGCAUAGUGCCAUCUCCAGUGAGCCAAGUCAUAUAACAUUUAUUCUCCAGAAUUUGUUGAUUAAACAAAUGUAAACCAGUUUGUCUCCACAGUAGAUUCCAAGCGAAUAGAUCCCCCUUAUAUUAAGUGCAGACUGUGCAGUGUGGGAAGGAGACAAUUCUCGGGAUAUGGGGGAGAUAAUAGUAACCUCGUCCAGUGCUCGGAGAAUUUUUGUUUUUAUUAAUGUGCAACUUAAUUCUGUCAGAAUGAUGCUAUCUUCAUUAAAUAAUGGUGAUGUUUGCUGAAAGGAAAAUGUGAAUGACCAGCCUACCUGUAGAAUGAAGGAAAUCUUUCAAAGGCCCCAUUAUUUUAAGUUCCUCGUGAUCCCUUUCAGCAUCCAUUUACAGAUCAUUAAAUGGUUAUUUUAAUUUUCAUGCCAAUUAUAUUUGUUAAAGUAUUAUUGCAAAUCUAAUUUGACAUAAUAAGGAGUGGUGGUUACUGUUACCUUUUGCUCACCUACAGAUUCAAAUAACGAGUCUUUGCUCAAUACCAGCAUUACCUGUAUUAUAGAGAAGACCAGUGAAGCCUCUCACUCAGUAGGCUUGAGCACCUCUCAGUCCUCUGUAGGGAAAUUUAUUACCUUUUUAGGUGUUUGUGUUUUCAGGAAGCAUCACUCACCCCUCAUCCCCCUGUACGUGUCACGAGAGUAUCGCUGCAGGCAGUGGGUGUCAGCUCAUAUACCAUCCUCAUCACACGAGUGUAUCUUUGUACAUAGCCUUUACCAACAUCCUGGAAUCGUCUGUUAUUCUCCUGCUUUAUAACUAGCUCUGUCAUUGCUUUAUACUUGUUGGAAUAAAACAUCACCGUCUUCCA